UGUCUCAUAAGACAAAUGGAAGACCUGGUUUUGCUCUGAAGGAGUAGCAAUGGCACAAACUCUGCCUCUUCCACUUUCUCAGCAUCAGGCUUCCCACCCCCACCGUCGUCUCAUGGAACGUCCCUGUCUAGACCACGCAUCUGGACUUUGGCGACGCAUUAAGAAAUCAAAGGAAGGGAGCAUCAAGUUGCAUUCCCUCCCGGAGCCACCAGGGGUCACGCUCCUCCGCGCAGAAGCGCCGGCCAACGCAGCCUGACUCUGUUGCCGGUGCGCGCCCUUCUCUGAUUGGUGGCACGGCAAAGAAGUCGCGCUUUGAUUGGGCCGCUGUCAGGUGUCGCUGCCGGCAGGUUCGGCUGCGCGAGCUGAGGGAGGCGGGACUCAACAGUAGCCUUCCUUGAGGACCUGCCUUUCCCAUUUGCUGCCUGAAGUUAAUGUUUCUUGCUGGCCAAAUCAGGGACAUGCAGGCAUUAGCGGGAUGAGUGGGUGUUCCGGCAGGGAUGUGGUCAUUGACGGCCAGUGAGGGCGAGAGUACCACUGCCCACUUCUUCCUUGGAGCUGGAGAUGAGGGGCUGGGCACCCGUGGAAUAGGCAUGAGGCCAGAAGAGAGUGACAGCGAGCUCCUUGAGGACGAGGAGGAUGAAGUGCCUCCUGAACCUCAGAUCAUUGUUGGCAUCUGUGCCAUGACCAAGAAAUCCAAGUCCAAGCCAAUGACUCAAAUCCUAGAGCGACUCUGCAGAUUUGACUACCUGACUGUUAUCAUUCUGGGAGAAGAUGUAAUCCUUAAUGAACCUGUGGAAAACUGGCCAUCCUGCCACUGUCUCAUCUCUUUCCACUCCAAAGGCUUCCCUCUGGACAAAGCUGUUGCUUACUCCAAGCUUCGAAACCCCUUUCUUAUCAAUGAUCUGGCCAUGCAGUAUUACAUCCAAGAUAGGAGGGAGGUGUACCGGAUCCUGCAGGAAGAGGGUAUUGAUCUGCCUCGAUAUGCUGUGCUCAACCGUGAUCCUGCCCAGCCUGAUGAAUGCAACCUGAUAGAAGGUGAAGACCAAGUAGAGGUCAAUGGAGCUGUCUUUCCCAAGCCCUUUGUGGAGAAGCCAGUGAGUGCAGAAGACCACAAUGUUUACAUCUACUACCCCAGCUCAGCUGGAGGAGGAAGCCAGCGUCUCUUUCGUAAGAUUGGCAGCCGAAGCAGUGUUUACUCUCCUGAGAGCAGCGUCCGAAAGACGGGGUCGUACAUCUAUGAGGAAUUUAUGCCAACAGAUGGCACAGAUGUCAAGGUGUAUACAGUGGGGCCAGAUUAUGCCCAUGCUGAAGCUAGAAAGUCUCCAGCUUUGGAUGGGAAGGUUGAACGAGACAGUGAGGGGAAAGAGAUUCGAUAUCCAGUCAUGCUGACUGCCAUGGAAAAGCUGGUGGCCAGGAAAGUCUGCGUAGCUUUCAAGCAAACAGUUUGUGGGUUUGACCUUCUUCGUGCCAAUGGUCAUUCCUUUGUGUGUGAUGUCAAUGGUUUUAGUUUUGUCAAGAACUCGAUGAAAUACUAUGAUGACUGUGCCAAGAUUCUGGGGAAUACCAUAAUGCGGGAGCUUGCCCCACAGUUCCAGAUUCCAUGGUCCAUCCCCACAGAGGCUGAGGACAUUCCCAUUGUUCCUACCACAUCUGGCACUAUGAUGGAACUUCGUUGUGUCAUUGCAAUUAUUCGUCAUGGGGAUCGUACUCCUAAGCAGAAGAUGAAGAUGGAAGUGAAACACCCAAGGUUUUUUGCUCUGUUUGAAAAACAUGGUGGCUACAAGACAGGGAAAUUAAAACUCAAGCGACCUGAGCAGCUCCAGGAGGUGCUGGAUAUCACAAGGCUGUUGUUGGCUGAACUGGAGAAAGAACCAGGUGGUGAGAUCGAGGAGAAGACUGGAAAACUAGAGCAGCUGAAGUCUGUAUUGGAGAUGUAUGGUCACUUCUCAGGUAUAAACCGGAAGGUACAAUUGACUUACUACCCUCAUGGAGUAAAAGCGUCUAAUGAGGGGCAAGAUCUACAGAGGGAGGCUCUGGCCCCAUCUCUGUUGCUGGUACUGAAGUGGGGUGGAGAACUCACUCCUGCUGGCCGUGUUCAGGCUGAGGAGCUGGGGCGAGCUUUUCGCUGCAUGUACCCUGGAGGACAGGGUGACUAUGCUGGCUUCCCUGGUUGUGGGCUGCUUCGUCUCCAUAGCACUUUCCGCCACGACCUCAAGAUCUAUGCCUCUGAUGAGGGUCGUGUUCAGAUGACUGCUGCUGCCUUCGCCAAGGGCCUUCUGGCUCUAGAAGGGGAGCUGACACCUAUUUUGGUGCAAAUGGUGAAGAGUGCCAACAUGAAUGGGCUACUGGACAGCGAUGGGGAUUCUUUGAGCAGCUGCCAGCACCGGGUGAAGGCUCGGCUGCACCAUAUUUUACAGCAGGAUGCGCCCUUUGGCCCUGAGGACUACGACCAGCUGGCUCCCACCAGAAGUAUUUCCCUGCUCAACUCCAUGACUAUCAUCCAGAAUCCUGUGAAGGUCUGUGAUCAGGUAUUUGCCCUGAUCGAAAACCUCACCCACCAGAUCCGGGAACGAAUGCAGGACCCCAGGUCUGUAGACCUGCAGCUCUACCACAGUGAGACACUAGAGCUAAUGCUACAGCGUUGGAGCAAGCUGGAGCGUGACUUUCGACAGAAGAGUGGGCGCUAUGAUAUCAGUAAGAUCCCUGACAUCUAUGACUGUGUCAAGUAUGAUGUGCAGCACAAUGGGAGUCUGGGACUUCAAGGCACAGCCGAGUUGCUCCGUCUCUCUAAGGCAUUGGCUGAUGUGGUCAUUCCCCAGGAGUACGGGAUCAGCCGGGAGGAGAAACUGGAAAUUGCUGUGGGCUUCUGUCUUCCACUGUUGCGGAAGAUACUGCUUGACCUGCAGAGAACCCACGAGGAUGAGUCUGUCAACAAGCUGCAUCCCCUGUACUCCCGAGGCGUGCUCUCCCCAGGUCGCCACGUUCGAACACGUCUCUAUUUCACCAGUGAGAGCCACGUCCACUCCCUACUCAGUGUCUUCCGUUAUGGAGGACUUCUUGAUGAGACCCAGGAUGCACAAUGGCAGCGAGCUUUGGAUUAUCUUAGUGCCAUCUCAGAGCUUAACUAUAUGACCCAGAUUGUCAUCAUGCUUUAUGAGGACAACACACAGGAUCCCUUAUCAGAGGAACGGUUCCAUGUGGAGCUACACUUCAGCCCUGGAGUGAAAGGUGGUGAGGAAGAAGGCAGUGCCCCAACUGGCUGUGGAUUCCGUCCAGCCUCUUCUGAGAAUGAGGAAAUGAAAACCAACCAAGGCAGUAUGGAGAACCUGUGUCCAGGAAAGGCAUCAGAUGAGCCAGACCGGGCAUUGCAGACUUCACCCCAGCCUCCUGAGGGCCCUGGCCUCCCAAGGAGAUCACCCCUCAUUCGUAACCGAAAAGCUGGUUCCAUGGAGGUCAUGAACAUGCAGUGCACGGGGAACCUGGACCUCAUCCCCUUGCGGGGACGGCGCCGCAGGAGGUCGGGAGACCUCCCCCGGCCUUCCCCAGCCAUCGGCCUACAGCCCCGGGCUGUGUCCACCACUCACCUGGCAUCCUGCACACAGGUACUUUCUGAGACUUCAUCCUCAAGGCCUGGUGGCUACCGGCUCUUUUCAUCUUCACGGCCACCCACAGAAAUGAAGCAGAGUGGCUUAGGCUCACAGUGCACAGGGCUGUUCAGCACCACAGUGCUGGGUGGCUCCUCCAGCGCCCCGAAUCUUCAGGACUACGCCCGCAGCCAUGGCAAAAAGCUACCACCUGCCAGUCUGAAGCACCGAGAUGAGCUCUUGUUUGUCCCGGCCGUAAAACGAUUUUCUGUGUCGUUUGCAAAGCAUCCGACUAACGAGCUGCUGGAUGACCAGCACCCUGUGGUCCGGUUGCUGCGCAGUUUUUCCUCUGACUGUACAGGGGGCCGGCCAGUCUCCUUGGAUGCCACGCUGGCGCAUCACCUGCACCAGUGCUCCUACCACCUGCGCCUCUUCCGGAACUGGCUGCGCUCAGGCCAGGAUGAUCCCGAGUGCCUCUACGGAUUUGAAGGGUGUUCCAUGGUGCCCACCAUCUACCCUCUGGAAACACUGCAUAAUGCCCUUUCCCUACGUCAAGUGAGUGAAUUCUUGAGUAGAGUCUGCCAGCGCCACACUGAUGCCCAGGCACAGGCAUCUGCAGAAACACCAAAAACCCUCUUUGAUUCCAUGCACAGCAGCCAGGCCUCAGAUAACCCAUUUUCUCCACCACGUACUCUUCAUUCACCUCCCCUGCAACUCCAGCAGCGCUCUGAGAAGCCCCCUUGGUACAGCAGUGGCCCUUCUAGCACUGUGUCCAGUGCUGGUCCUUCUUCCCCUACUACAGUAGAUGGUAACUCCCAAUUUGGCUUCAGCGAUCAACCCUCCCUAAAUUCACACGUGACUGAAGAACAUCAAUGCCUUGGGCUGCUCCGGGAGACCCCUGGGAAUGGAGCACAAGAGCUCUCCAUAGAAGGGAAACAAGAGAUUUUUGAACCAAAUCAGUCCCCACAGGUGCCACCUGUGGAAACCAGCCAGCCAUACGAGGAGGUGGCUGAGGAGGUCAGCCAGCCAUGUCAGGAGGUCCCUGACAUCAGCCAGUCAUGCCAGGACAUUUCUGAGGCGCUCAGCCAGCCAUGUCAGGAGGUCCCUGACAUCAGCCAGCAAUGCCAGGAGAACCAUGACAAUGGUAACCACACAUGCCAGGAGGUCCCUCAGAUCAGCCAGCCGUGCCAGAAGGCCAGCCAACUGUGCCAGAAAGUCUCUGAGGAAGUUUGCCAGCUAUGUCUGGAGAACCCCGAGGAGGUCAGCCAGCCAUGCCAGGGGGUCUCUGUGGAGGCUGGCAAGCUGGUCCAUAGGUCCCACGUAGGGGUUGGUGGCUUGGUCCAGGAAACCCCUGUAGAAGUUGGCAGCCCAGCUGAAGAGAUCCCUGAGGAGGUCAGCCAGCCAUACCAGGAGUUCUCUGUGGAGGUUGGCAGGCUGGCCCAGGAGCCUUCUGCGAUCAGUCUGUUAUCUCAGGGCAUCCCUGAGAUUGAUAAACCAUCCCAAGAGUUCCCUGAGGAGAUUGAUCUGCAGGCCCAGGAGGUCCCUGAGGAGAUAAAUUAGAAGUCCUGGGUGGUCCCUGAGGUGAUCCAUCAGCUGCCUGGAGAGGGUAUUCCUCAAGCCCAGCAUCUAUCUAGUGAUCCAAACCCUCAGAGCCAGUCUCUAGCCCAUGACCAGCACUCACCCCUUCCACCAGCAACAUGUGAUUAAUUUUCUCAUUAGUGGUGUCACACUAUACCAGCCAUUUGAGCCAGCAACCUUUUCUGUUGGCUAACUCACUGGCCAGCUCUCACCAGCAGUGUCUGGGGAAGUAGUUCUCUUGGUAUGAAGCAUACCUGUGCCAGAGCUGUGCUUAAGGAGGAGCCAGUUUUAGGUUCAAAGAAGCCAUUGGCUCUUCACCUAACCAUUAGACUUGAAUAGGAUUUCCUUGGGGUGGGUUGGUCUCUCAUUACCCAGCCUUCUCUGAGCAUCCUAGGAAAUCAUAGAUUGUUAAAGGAAAUGCUGCUUCAUCUGGGGACAGCAAAUGCAAAAGAGGGGACUCUAGGGUCUUCACUUUUCUGGGGAAAUAGUCACGACUUCUCAAGGUAUGCUUAGACCAUAUGUGCAUUCGGGGGACUCUUGUCUUUGCCAGCACUCCUCAGGUGAGCCCGGGAUGGCUAUCUGAAAUGUAUGGAAAAUACAGUCCCCUCCCCAAACAUCUGUCAUGGCCACUAAAUCUUUAGACUUGCCUUAUAGAUCUUUCCAUAUCAUCCCCAAGUGCCCCUUCUGCCUCAGUCCUGUUCCUCUGGGCAAUAGCUCUAGGGAAAAGUAGGUAUUAAACUGCUGUACAAAAUUCAAAGCAACUACUUAAAAUGCUCUAGAGGAUUCUUAGCCAGUCUGUGAAACUGGGCCUCCCUCUGUGGUGGGCUGUUUGGCUUAGGAGAUGCUGUAGUAGUAGAGAUAAUCAGGUUCUAUUUUAAGCAAUGAGCAGAGAUCAGUAUUGUACAGAUACAAGCAAAGGUUUAAUAAAUAAAUAUAUAUAUACACAUAUAGAUGUGUGUGUGUGUGUGUAUAUAUAUAUAUAUAUUUCUGUAGUUGUGCCAGGGACAGACUGGCCAAAGACCAAACACUCCAGGGUCCCCAAGAAAUUUGUCCUUAUAUCAUUGUAUCUGAGGGCCAGAUAUGAUUAUGAAGCUUUUUCCAAAGAUCCAGGGAUGGGAAUGGGAGUGGGUAGGAGGGGUAAUACGGUCAUUGGAGUCAGGGGCCGGAACAUUAUGAGUGCUCAAUAAAUAUGAAAUAAUGAGAA